UUUGUAGUUCAGUUUGAGGGCUCAGAUUGGCACCAUAGUUCUCUCAACAUGAGAGAGAGGCUUUUACAGCCAAGUGCAAAGGGUUUCGGACAACUUCAGAAAAACAGCCCAUCCUCUAGUCCUGAGAUUUCAACUUCCUCAAAACAGUGUGGUGUUUUACCAGAUGAAUGCAUGGCCUACUCAGCAGAAAAUGGAUCCCUAAAUCCUCCACUGCAAACACAGGUAUGGUACCAUGGAACACUGAACAGACUGGAGGCAGAGAAAUAUCUACAAAACUGUAGGCUUGGCAGUUUUGUAAUUCGAACAGAGCACGAUAUUGAGUAUUUUAUGUCAGUCCGUGGGAGCAACAGCACACUACACCUUCAAGUGAUAUGCAUAGAAAAUGGGAGCUUCAUGCUUGGAGAGAGUGGUCCAUCAUUUACAUGCAUCCUUGAGCUUGUUGAGCAUUAUAUGAAGCACCCACUGCUUCUCCAGAAUGAGGAACACCUGUUUCUGCAAUAUAAAAUGUUCACAGUAACACAAUGACCAAAUGGACAAAAUAUUUAUGGAAGAGAAUUGAAGACCACAUAAGAAGAUGCAACUAUUUCUCUGAAAUAUAUACAGUACUACGAUUGACUCAGUUCUAAUGAUAUAUAUAUUUAUACUGUAUAUAAUACAUAAAGGCAUUGCAUAUACAGUAACUUCACAACUUUUAUACAUACAAUUAUAUACUUUCCAACAUCGUAAGACUAAAUAAAGGGGAGAAUUUAGUCAACAAUAAAAUAAGCUCUGGGUUACGGCGGUCUAUCCAAAACACUGGUCUCUUUAUGCUAUUUGGAUUGUCCUGCCUACAUAGAGAGAAAUUGAAAAUGC